AUGGAGCAAAAACAAAAGAGAACAUAUCGCAAAGCUGGUCCAUUCCAUGUGGAAUUCCAUGGACUUCAAGCUUGCUUAAGAAGCGACAAAUCCAGAGUAAAUAUCAAAACAAUGCUGGUAUCUCAUGCGUUUGUAGAUCUAUGGUGGCUGAUUAGAGAAGAUAGGCAAUACGAUAAGGCGUUGUUUGACCAACUCGACGAGCAUGAGCGAGAUUUCAUGCGGUAUUGCCUAAAUAAAUGUAAGAUUACUUCAAGGCAGUUUGAUAGUUCAUACAAUCAACUUCUCGAUGGAUUAGUAAAACGCUUGAAGAUGCUUGAAGGAGCAAAAAACAUUGGCGAUGAUUCUCUACUGAUAAAAACGGAAAUGAAGUCAAUCCUUGACAAAUUAUACAAAAAAAAUGUCUUUUCGGCAUCUUACUACAGCCAAUUCAAGCGUCUGAUGAAGCUUUAG